AUAAUGGCAUAGAAUGAAGUCAAGAAUACAACUCACCUGGUCCGCUCUGUUGAGUUACAUUUGACUGUGCAAACAUCAUCCGAUAGUGCUGUGGAGGAGAUUGGGGUUUCCGCCAUGUCUGAAAAUGCUUUCUCUGUGCUCUCCGACGAUAUCAUUCUCAACAUUUUCUACAAGCUCGAGGAUGAUCCUCGCUACUGGGCACGCCUCGCCUGCGUCUCUACCAAAUUCUCCUCUCUUAUCCGUAAUCUCUGCUGCAAAUCGAAGUGCUCUCAGGCGAUUCCCGCCGUCGUCUCCGAUCUUCUCUCUGCCGCCGCGGUCGCGGCGGCGGCAGCACCGCCUGGCGGUUGGGCGGCUCUCUACAAGCUGGCCUUCUGUUGCCCCGGCCUCCUCCACUCCGGCGUGCUCUUGGAGAAUUCGGAUUUCGGGCUCGAACGCGAGCUCGGACCCGAUGAGAUCUUCACGGAACCCGCCUUGGCUCAAUCUGGUGGAUCCGGAUCCCAAAAUCCGGCUUCUUCGGUGAAGGCGGAUCCGGAUUCUGAACAAUCCGAUUGCGGUUGGUCUUUGUUUGACGAUCUGAUGUUCGAUACCGUGUGCGAUGUCUCUGAAUCGUCACAAGCUCGGCCGCAUGUGAGCGAGGCGCAGCAAGCGAAACCGGCGACUCCGAGCGGCGAUUCCUGCGUUCUUAAGAAAAGAAAAAUCGCCGGAUCUAAGAGACGAAAAAUCGCCAGAUCUUGCUCUCAUUUGGCGACCGGUCCCUGGAAUUUGAGCCGCGAGCAGGGGAUUAAGCUUCUGGCGAGCCGAUUCAGAGAGGAUUGCCUGUACAUCUGCGAUUGGCCGGGCUGCCUUCACCUGGAGCAGAAGCGAAACUACAUGCUUUUCCGAGGAAUCUUCAAGAAUUUCAAGCAGUCUAGGGUUUGGAGGACAAUCAACGAUGGGAACAGGAAAAAGAUAGAUCUGAAUUGCGCAUUCUGCAAUUCCAAACAGACAUGGGACUUGCAUUCCGCUUUCUGCCUGAGAAGGUAUUUCGGGUUCCACGACGAUGGCGAGCCGGUUGUUCGUGCCUAUGUUUGCGAGAAUGGACAUGUUUCAGGUGCCUGGACUGACUGGUCCUUGUAUACUUGAAUCACCAUGGAUGCUUCUCUAAAACCUAUGAUACUUUCAAUAUAUUAUUAUUAUUAUUAUUAUUAGAGUUCAUAUCUUGUGAUCUAGUACCACCAUGGAUGCUGAAUUGUUGAUUCAUCAGCAAUUCCUGUUUCUGGUGAUGUGGUUUAUGUUCCUAUUUCAGCAUGUUUUCUUCUUGUUCUAUUCAAAUGUCUGGCUUAUUGAGUAUCAAUGGGUUUGCAAUGGUGAACAGCUAUCCAUGUUUAUAGCUCACCAAACCUGAUAUUAUUGAGGGCUUCAGGCUUGCACUUUUGUUGAUUUGGAUUGGAUUGGAUUGGAUUGGAUAGUUCAACUGUUCAAGUGCAAACACCCCCUUUGCAUUAUUAUAUUUCUUUAUAUUUCUUUA